AACACAUGCAAAAAAUAUGUUAUAUGUAAAGAGAAAAUAAUAUAGAAAAUGUCGAAUAUAGUUUGUUUGAUUUUCAUGGUUCUUGUAAAAAACGAAUUGAGUGAAUCAAUUAACGUUCACAUAACGUGUAAUAUCGACGAAAUUGUAAAAUUUGUUUCAAAAGUUGGGUUUUCUGAUAAUGAUAAAAUAAAAGAGGCGGCAGAAGAAUUAGAUCAAUUAGAAAUUGAUGGAAAUAAAAAUUAUGAGAAGAUUAUCGAUAAAUAUUUUGUGGAAAUGCCGAAGAAAGAUAUUGAAGAUGAGGAUAUCAAUAAAUUGAAGGGUUUGAUAAAGAAAAUCGACGAGGCUUGGUCACAAUAUGGAACCAAGGAGUUGGAUAACGAUGACAAAGUUGAGUUGGCUAAUUUGCCAGGAACCCUGAGAGAUCUCUACAAAUUUUAUACAGGAGAUUAUGAACAAGACUUUCCUACCCGAGUUGCACAGGAUGAACGGCCGAGCGUUUGUGAAGCUGAGAUGAAUAAUCAGAUCCGUCUGGAAAAAUUACAUCAAGCUGUCGUAUUGUCAGAGCUAAGGGCAUUCAUUUUGAAUCUCAAAGUAGCCAAACAUGUUCUAGAUACAGCUUCCGAUGCUGUCAUGCAUUCAGAGGAAUAUAUUUUAGCAACACGCAAUGGUUUUAAAGUUGCCGAGAGUUUUUAUUAUCACUGCGAUCCAGAGGAACAUAUUCGCGGUGAAACAUUUUCGGAAUUUCUGGGACUUUUUCAAGGAGUUAUUGUUAAUGCUGUGGAAACAACAGUCGCUGGUGGAUGCGCAAGUAAUUAUGAUCAUUUGAUAAAUAAACGGUAUCAAAAUGAUGGAUGUGAUCAAUCGGACAAUGAAGGAAAAGGAUACGAUCAUUGCCCCGUAAAAUCGUGCCUAGGUCAAUUAACUAAAUGUUUUUAUAUUGGCGACGUUGAAGCCUGUGAAUUGAAUGAAUCGUCUGAUAGACGUUUCCAGUGGGUUAAAACAAAAAAUAAAGACCAUAAAUCUUAUGGAAACUCAGCGAACGAAUGCGAUGGAACAAUAGUCACUUUACGAGACACAACAAAAAAUUCAAAUUAUUGUAGCACUUGUGCAUGUAUUUGUGCUGAAAAAGAUGGAAAUUCAACUGCAAUAAGGGCAAUCAGUUCGUUACCACAAUUUGCAGACAUUGAAAACAAUAUGGUAAUUACGGGAGUAAGAUUCGUUGAAAAAGAUGGUCUAUUUCACAUCCAAAUCGAGCAAUCUGAACUAAGGGCAUACGGUGAAAUCAUAGAGGGGACAGAAGAAUGGAAGGAACUUGAUGACUUUGAAUAUAUCACAGAUGGGCUGGGAGGAUUCAAAAUAAAAACUGAUGAUGGGGAACGUCAAUUGGUUGAAGGCGAUGAUUUCACCUUUAUUACUGAUCAAUACAGAACUUUCCAUCUCGAUCAACUAAUUGCUCCAGACGGUCAUGUUAUUGUAGGAGUUCGGAUUGCUCCUAAUUGGAUAGAGAAUGCUAUUGAAUUAACUGUAUUGUCAUGGCCUUUUGAUUAUGUGACAGGUAACUUAACAAACCCAGUAAAAUUGUCUGAGAAAAGCAAUUUAGAAUGGAUUUCUUGGAUAAAUUCACAAAAACGUGUUCCAAAAUUUAUGCGACGGUACGACUGGAUUUUAAUAUUUUCCGAUGAUCCCAUAAAAAAUCCGAAUGAAAAUAACGAAUUCCCACCACCUCAUUCCCGGUUAGAAAUACAAACUACAGGUAUUAAAGAAGAUAUGGCUCAACAUACAAUUCCUUACAUAGACCUUCAACCAGUAACUUAUCCAUCGGUAAAAAUCCCACUACGUGGACUAGAAAUAAUUCACCGUAGUAGUGGAAAAUAUGGAGGGUUUCUGUCACUGAAAUUACACUCUUAUAACUUUACAAGCCACUUUGAAUAUGAAAUGGCAGAAAAUGAUUUUCGGAAAUAUAGAAAUUAUUUCAAUGAUAAUUUGAGAUUUGUAAUACCACGAAAAACAUAUUAUUAA